CGCUUUACCUCCGUGGGGUGUUGAAAAAACCACCUGUCCCCGGUGGCAGAGAACCACUACCCGCUAGCCAGCCAACACACACUAGACAGGGUAGACACUGAGGUUUCUCCAUUUUCUUGAACUUUCUUUCACUCUCCAUUCUUCGCCACCACGACGUUCUUACGGUAUCGUGCAGUUAGGGUUUGUUUACAGGGCAGCAGACAAAGAUGACAAUGGAAGAUAUAUCUUGGAAUUUGAAGCUGUCAGAGGUGAAGCAGAGGAGUCUCGGAAAAGCCCACGAGACCUUGCGCGCCCAAGCAGAUUCCAUGAUCCAAUUCAGUGUGCAGUGGAAGGAGCUUGUGGACCUCUUCGACUCCACCAGGAACUCGCUCCAGACCGAAUUACAAGAGCUCCAAGAGCUGAAGAAGGAAAUCGACUGUAGAUUGGCGGAUUUUGAAACCAAAGAGUUGAACUUCAACUUGGUGAUGGAAGCUAAAGCCAAGCAAUUGCAGGGCAUUGUACAGGAGGUUGAAGAGAGUAAGUCCCAAUUGCAAUCCCUUAAGUUGUCUAUUCAAGAACAUUGCGAAAAAUAUGAGGUUGAAGUGAAUCGAUUGGGGAAAGUACAGAAAUUGGUUAAAGGCAAGGAGAGGCAAUUAAAUGCAGUUCAGGGUAAGGUUGUCGAACAGUGGAAAGAAUUUGAUUUGAAAGAUGAGGAAAUUAGAGCCAAACAAACAUUGAUUGAAGAAUAUGACAGAGAGAUGAAAUCCAAGGAGCAGAAACCUGGUUUGAUUCAUAAAUUAGUGCUGGAGUACUCGAAUGCAAUUGAAUCGAAAAUAAAAGAUUUUAAUUUGCUUGAGAAAUCAGUGGGGGUGUGGGACUGCAAACUUGAAUUGAGAGAGUUGGAAAUUAAAAGGUGGUUUGAGAAGCUUGAAAAACAAUUUGAGUCAAAAGUUGAGGAACUUAAUUUGAUUGAUAAGAGGGUCAAGGAUUGCAUGAAUGAGGUUCAGUUGAAAGAAAAGCUUUUAUAUCCCCGCGAAAAGCAUUUGGAUUCUCUUGAUAAGUCGAUUCAAGAAUGUGCGAGGCGACUCCAACAACAGGCCAAAGAGCUGGAAUUGAAACAACAACAAUUUGAGAAGUCCACUGAAGAACACACCCGAAAGCAGAAAUCGAAGGAGAAGGCUGAUACCCUUCAUUCUCAAGUGAAGGUUGAGCAAUUGGAAUGCAUCCUUAACAACAAUGCUGUUGUUCCUUCGCCUACAAACAAUCAAUCAAGCAUCAUCAGAGAUGGUAGGAGCUUGCAGGUGUUCAUGAAUGAGUAUUUUAGGAUGACUGAUAGACUGUCUGCGGAAGUCUCAACUGGUCUACACGUGUCAUCAGACCCAGCAAAAUUAGUUUUGGAUGCAAUGCAAGGGUUUUACACUUCAAAUUCAACUGUGGGAAACAGGGAGUUUGGUUUUGAUUUGAGUGUAAUUCGAAGGAGCUGUGUUCAUUUGUUAAAGGAGUUAAAGAGGGUCUCACCAGAAAUUAAUGAUCAGGUGAGAGAAGAAGCGAAGAAGUUGGCGGGUGAUUGGAAAGCUAAGAUGAUUGUGGCAGCUGACAAUUGGUUGGAGGUUUUGGGUUAUUUGUGGCUUCUUACUGCAUAUGACUUGGCCUCUACUUAUGACGUUGGGGAGCUUCAAACUCUUCGUGGUAUAGCUGCCGAGCAUGGAUUGCCAGCUGAAAGGUGUGGGAUCCUUGACAUGGCAGAUAAGGCACCUGCAAGUGGCAUCAGUUGCUCCACUAUCAAAACAGAGAAACCAGAAUCUUCACUUGGUGAGAAUGCAGCAACCUUUUCUUCUCCAAAUCUUCAACUAACUGCCACCACAAAUGCUAGGAAUUUGCAGGGGGUUCCAAAUGAGCAUUUGAGUAGGAGUCAUUUCACACAGAAUGAAACUUUGCAGAUUGCUACAGAUGCAUUGCCUUCUGCGUUAAAUGGGGAUGGGUUUGUAAAGCUUCUUGGGAUGAUUUCUCGGGAUAAACAGCUUCUCGAAUAUUAUCGGGGAUUUGGUUUUGGAGAUAAGAUCACUGCGGAUGUUAUUGCAAAUCUUAUUGAGAGGAAGCAACUGAUUGAGGCUGUUAGAUGCAUUUACACCUUCAAUUUAAUGGACAAGUUUCCCCCGGUACCACUCUUAAAAGAAUACGUGGAUGAUAUACAGAAGCAUUCCUGGAAAAAGUACGUGAAAAGGAAAUCACUUGAUGAAAAGGAUAAGAUUGCAGACAAUCAAAUGGUUGAUCUAUUAGAUGUGAUUCAAUGUAUCAAAGACUACAACCUCGAGUCUGAAUACCCAUCCAGGGACAUUGAAGUAGAAAUAACUAAGCUGCAAAAACUAAAGGAGAACUACAAACGUUGUCAUGCCUCCAAGGUUGAACAACAGCAGAAAAAAGGGACGAAACGUAGUUUUGAUGCUUUUGCUCCCAAGUUUCAACCACAACAUCCUAAAAGUAAAUGUAAGCUGACAACAGUAGCAGCUGCUACACCAUAUGCGUUGCCAACUCCCACCUCUGGAUAUCCUCAGUCAAGUUCAUCCACUUUGCCGUAUGAAAACAAUGGACGCCCUGGGCAAUUCGGCAUGGGUGCCAGCUACAAAGACAUUUCCAAAGGAAAUUGUUUCCAUUGCGGCGAGUUAGGACAUUGGAGCCGCAACUGUCGGAAAUACUCAUCGGAGAAAGAGAAAUUAGAUAUGACAAAAAUUAUCUGCGUAAAGUCCCUUGUGGAUAAAGGGGUUCAAGGAAAGAAAGAAGCUACGUGAUGGAAGAUUUACUUCGCUCUGUAGCUCAGGCAGUGGGAAUGGUUAAAGCAAGGAAUUUCAUAAGAAUAGUACUUUAAUUUUGUCAAGCAUAUUAUAUGUACAUGCAGUAAGACUUAACAUCCUUUCAGUAGCGUGUUUAAUAGAUGAUAAUUUCCUGUAAAUUUUUCAAAUAAAAUUUGUGUUUG